AUGUCUGCGUCAUCUGAUCAGUCCUUCCAAACCUAUGGCUUCCGGACUUCCGUCGAUAUCGCCCGCCAGCACACGUACGACAUAGUCCCAUUGGCUGGACACAAGCGACCCGGGGAGUAUUCCGCGGGCGACAAUCGCACAGUUUCAGCAGGUGUCAAGCAGCCUGCAAAUCUUAAUGGGUCAGCUGGUCAAUCGGUCGAUUUCAUUCGGCCUUCGCUAGAGCUGCCCAAAGGUCGCCUAGUCGCCAGUGAGAUUCGCUCGGUUACAGCUCUUGUCCCGGAUAGAGAGCAGCAGCUCCAUUGCUUACAGAAUGCCGAAGAAGAUCUUGCCGGCCAUCCUCUCCUGUUACUGAACAAUCCCGUAUACGGACUGCCUCCUGCUCUAGUCGCUAAUUGUGCGGCACUCGGGCUCAAGAGCAUAUACCAAUGGCAAGCAUCAUGUUUGCUCACUCCAGGGCUGCUCGAUGGCAGUCGACACCUUGUCUAUACUGCUCCUACGGGCGGAGGCAAGUCGUUGGUUGCGGACAUGCUCAUGAUCAAACGCAUCAUCGAGAAUCCGGGGCGCAAGGCAAUCCUGGUUCUUCCUUAUGUAGCGCUGGUGCAGGAGAAACUGAAGUGGCUUAGACGUAUCGUACAAGAUGUUGAGAAGAGCAUCGACGACACCGACGACAAAGUGGAUAUCACAAAACCAUAUCACCAGCGCUGGCGAAAGUUACAAAAGUCGAUUCGCAUAACAGGCUACUUUGGGGGGAGCAGGACGGCUGCGUCCUGGGCUGACACGGACAUUGCCGUCUGCACCAUCGAGAAGGCGAAUUCCCUGAUCAACACUGCCAUUGAAGAAUGCAGCAUUGGGGAGUUGGGCGUAGUCGUUCUAGAUGAGCUACAUAUGCUUGACGAUGAGCACCGUGGCUAUCUCCUGGAACUGAUGGUCACAAAAUUGCUACUACUGCGACACAAUAUUCAAAUCAUCGGGAUGAGUGCUACUCUAUCGAAUACUGAGAUGUUGGCGGAGUGGAUGAAUGCGGUCUACUACGUUUCGACCUACCGACCGGUCCCGAUCGACGAGUAUCUUGUUUAUGAGAAUGCCAUAUACCCGGCCGCAACAUCAAGGCAAUUGUUUCAGACGAUUUCUCGAUUGAAGGCCACUCCAACGCAAUCCCUCCUUGAUACUAUGCCCCCUCAUCGCAUCAUUUCCCCGUCUGUGUUCCCACAACUUGCAAAUGCCAUGACUAAUGCCACGAUCGCAUUGGCCAUCGACACGGCAUCGGCUGGAUACGGUGCUUUGGUGUUUUGUGGCAGCCGACAGGCUUGCCAGAUCCAAGCUGCGAUCAUUAGUGAAGCCAUGACAACCCCCGGGGACAACACGGAUGAGUUAAGCAAUCGACUGGACCUUGUAGCUGAAUUCCGGAGUCUCCCCAGCGGCCUAGAUCCGGUUCUUGAGAAAACACUUAUCAGAGGCGUUGGCUUUCAUCAUGCAGGCAUGACGACUGAGGAGCGCGAAUUGAUUGCACAGGCGUAUGACCAAGGUGUUCUCAGAGUUCUUAUAGCCACUUGCAGCUUGGCGGCUGGCGUGAAUCUGCCUGCCAGACGGGUUAUCAUUAAUGGAGCACGCAUGGGCCGAGAAUUAGUCGGUCCCGCAAUGCUGCGGCAAAUGUGUGGAAGAGCCGGCCGCAAGGGAAAAGACGAGGCAGGCGAAACGUAUCUCAUAUGCGGCAAUAGUGACCUACAAGCUGUCUGCGACCUUCUUGAAGCUGACAUGCCGGCUAUUGAAAGCUGCCUAGCUCCAGAGAAGAGAGGCCUCAAACGGGCCCUUCUGGAAGCCAUCGCUACCGGACUCGUGUCUGGGUACGAUGCAAUCAAAGAAUACGUCAAAUGCACCUUGCUUUACCGGACAGUAGACAAGAAACUGGCUUACAGCAUCAUGCAAUCCGCUCUCCAGGAGCUGGCUAAGGAGGAACUCGUGCACCUUAACGAUGACGAAUCAUCAUAUUCAGCGACAAAGCUUGGACAGGCUGUAGUGGCCUCCGCAUUUGCCCCCGAAGAUGGCUUGUUCGUGCAUGAAGAGUUGAGACGGGCACUGCAAGCCUUUGUAAUGGAUGGUGAUAUGCAUAUAUUCUACAUGUUUACGCCCCUCCAACUAGCUGCUGGGACUCAGAUCGAUUGGCGCAUAUUUCGAGAUCAGCUUGAUAAUCUGGAUGAAAGUGGCUUGCGCGCCCUGCAAUUUGUUGGUGUUCAACCUGGAUUCGUGAAUUACAUGGUUCAGAGUGGUGGCUCGCUGAAAGAGAAUACCCCAGAGCAGAUCAAACAGGCCAGGAUUUAUCAGCGGGCCUACACGGCGUUUCAGCUUCGUGAUCUGAGCAAUGAGGUUCCGCUUUCUGUCAUCGCUUCUCGGUACCAGAUACCGCGGGGAAAUGUCCAGAGCUUGGCGCAGCAAUGCCAUGGGUUCGCCGCGGGCAUUGUGAAGUUUUGUCAACGCAUGGAUUGGGGCAUGUUGGCUGCAGUUUUGGAUCAUAUGCAGGAUCGUUUAGAGGCUGGAGCCCGAGCUGAUCUGCUUGAAAUGGCACAGGUGACCUACGUCAAGGGGUGGACCGCCAGGCUGCUUCGAGAAAAUGGUUACCGGAAUCUGAGGGCCCUCGCAGAAGCAGAUGCAAAGGAUUUAGUCCCCGUUCUGGUGAUGGUGAAUCCGCGCAAAGCCCAAAAAAGUCAGCUUCAUCCCGCAGAAGCCGAGCGAUAUGCUAAAAAGCUGUUGGCCAAAGCAGAAGUUAUAAUUUCGUCGGCAAACAAAGUCUGGGAACGUGAGAUGCAGGUAGAAGUAGAUGAGUGA